UAUGAGAUAAAAUGAAGUGAAUACUUAUAAAAAGAGAUUAUAUAAUUUUGCUUCAUAUCAAGUUAACAAUCCUUUGUCUUUAUUAAAUAAAAUUUAUGGGAUGUAUACUUUCGAAAGAAAAGAACAAUCUAAUUCAAAAGUCCAUUUUCUCAUUAUGAAAAAUAUCUCAUUAGGCAUCCCAAGAAGUUAAAUUCUGAGAACAUAUGAUAUCAAAGGAUCUGAAUAUGAUAGAGAAGUACUAAGUAAGAAACCUUCUAGUAAUCUUUCAUAAAUGACACUAAAAGAUCUUGAUUUUUUUAAAAUAGAACAAUAGUUAUGGAUUGAUGAAUCAAUUAAUAAAAGUAUUAUUUAUCAUUUAUUUGUAGAACUAAAUUAAUCUCUUAGUAAUGAUUUGAUAUUUUUAGAAAAAUAAAAAUUGAUUGAUUACUCACUUCUUGUAAUGAUUAUUGAUUGGAAUUAAAAAGAAGAAGAAUUAUAAAAGUAUUUAGAUGGUCAAAAACUGAACAUUAUUCCUUCUAUCAAAGAAAAAGGUGUAUUACUUAAUUUCAUUUAGAUAUAUUAUCAUCUUGCCAUAAUUGAUUUCCUACAAUAAUGGAAUGUCAAUAAAUCAUUAGAAAGAAAAACAAAAAAAGAUUAUCACUAUGAAUAUGUAACUUGA